UCGAGUGCGUUGUUUAUAUGGCGGUUUGUCUGUGUACUCGCGGGAAGAAGAGCGGUUUGUGUACAAAACAUUGGCCUUUGAAUAAUUACUGAAAAGAAGCGUAUCUUCCUGUCCGACGGCUAUCGCGGAAAGUAGCGACGCGAAGGAAGGCGGAGACGUUCUAUGAUCUCAUAAUAGUAAACAGUUGAGUAAACUCAGUUACGAUGAGUGUGUGCAUGUGCCUCUCUGUGGCGCAGGUUCGAUGAACUCUGCGCAGUUCCGCUGGUAGAAAGCCACUUGUUUCGAAAGAUGAGAAAUUCUCCGCCGCAGUCGCAAACAUUCCGUUACAUGGAAUAAUAGAACAUCAUCAGUUAGUGAUAUACCCUAGAUAAUGAUCCAAGAUGUUCACGACAGCCAGCACCGAUAUCGAUAGUCGUCUCAGUGUACCGUCACCUAUCGAAGUCAGAAUGACCCACAAGCAGAAUCAGGAUGGUUUCAGUUCCAACCCAGCGAUAAGAACGCCAUGCCGGAGACACAACUCCCGGCGAUCAACCCUGCGGCUCCACGCGCCUAGCCGUACCAGUUCCUUACUUAUAGCACUAGUGUUAAGUUGUCCACUGUUGGCUCUGGGCAUGCCAUACGCUUCGCAUCAUUCUUUCCCCCCUUCCGCUGGGAGUAGUAGUGGCGGAUCGGCGGCGGUUGUAGGCAGUACAAAAAGUUUAGGAGUAUACAUGAUCCGCUCGCCGGAAUCCACAACGGCACCGGCCGGCGAUGAGGUGCUCUUCGAGUGCGAGCUAAAUCUGAUACCUGAGAGACUGGAGUGGCGGUUUCGGGCGCAGGGAAGCCACAAUGGUCGCGAAGAUUAUGUUUUCCUGAGUAAAAAUUUGGGAUACAACGUGACCACCAUCGAGGGCAGUUCGAAGCUGCACGUGUACGUGAACUCUAAAACAAUAGGCGAGUAUCAGUGUGUGGCCUGGUUCGGUGCCUCAGCGAUUGCUUCGAUACCAGCGCGGUUAAUGCUGGCCUCAAUCAGCCUAGAUUCCAGCAGCGGCGGCGCCUCCACGGACGGAGACAGUUACGGAUCGCUGCGAAGCGACGGCAGCCGGAGCGAUCGGGUGCCAACCAUGAUGAGAAGGGUGUCUCCGAUCAUGCAGCAACUGUUGAGGAUCUCACCGGGGAAUAGUAUUAUUAUAAAGUGUGGUGAUGUGAUCUCCAACCCGCCAGCCAUUUGGAGCUACUACAAAGAUGAAGUGCCGAUCGCGGCUAACCCACAACUGGCCACCGGUGGUCUCAUUCUAUCCCAGAUGACACCCCAGGACUCGGGAACGUAUCGCUGCUCUGCCGUCAAUUCCAUCACCGGAAACGAACUCAAGCUGCCCCAGAAAACGACAAUAAUCGUGGAGUACACUCCACGGGCUUCCCCAAAAGCCACUUACAAACCCCAGAAUGUCUCGGUCACCCCUGGUUCUACCGCUCUGCUGGAGUGCCCCGGAGUGGCAAAUCCCGUCCCGCGGGCUUCCUGGUUUCGCCGAGAUGGCCUCACGAUGAGUGACCACUCGCAGGUGUUUCCCUACGGACUCCAAAUUUACGACGUCUCGCCGAAAGAUCAGGGAGAGUACGUUUGUCGGCUGGAAAAUGGUAUCGAACCCUCGUUGGUACACACGGUGAGGCUCACCGUUUUGGAAGUUCCCCGAAUCGUGGAGCCGCCUCGUGCAACGCUUACCAACGAGAGCGAAAGCCUCCAGCUUGAGUGUCUUGCCGAAGGUUCACCCGCGCCGGACAUUUACUGGAUGAUUAACGGUGACUACACCAAAUGGGAUCGACUGAUCAAAGCGAACGGAUCCAAACUGUUCAUUAAAUCGGUGGAGAAGAAACACGCCGGAAUAGUGCAGUGUUUCGCCCGUAACGAAGUAGGUGAAGUGAGCGAGGGCAAUUUGCUGCAGGUGAAUCCCAAACAGAUUCCCGGAGGUACAGGCGCACCCCCACUGGGAUCCUUGCCGUCCGGGUCGAAAUUCGGAAGCGAACAUAGCGGCAAACGGCAGAAGGGUGGCAAAAAACACAAACACCUGAUUAUGAUUCCCCCGUCGCGACCAAACAUCACCCGGUUAUCGGAUGAAUCGGUGAUGGUCCGCUGGUCGGUCCCGUCCAGCGAUGGACUCCCGAUCCAGUUCUUCAAGGUGCAGUAUCGAACGCUGGGAGAUCCCUCGAAAAACAUUCCCCGCACCCAGUGGAUGACCGAAAACGAAGACAUACCACCGUACACUAGGUCGUACGAGGUGAACGGCCUGAAAUCGGACCACUUUUACCGCUUCCGGAUUGUCGCUGUGUACUCCAACAAUGACAACAAAGAGGGUGCGGCGUCGGGAAAGUUCCACUUGCAGCGCGGAUCCCAGUUGGGUCUUACCAAGAAUCAUCUGUUGGCGCCAACGCUUACCCGGAUCGAGUCUGCCUCGCAACAUGCGAUCGUGCUGCACUGGCAGUUCCCGCAGCAUCUUCCGCACCCAAUAGAUGGCUUCUACGCGUACUAUCGGCCGGCAACAACUGCCGGUGAGUACUCGAAAGCCACCGUGGAUACUCCGACGGCGCGCCACUUCAAAAUCGACCAUUUGGAACCGGGAACAGCUUACGAGUUUAAGCUGCAAUCGUUUACUGCUGCUGCGGCUUCAGAUUUCAGUGCAAUCCUCACGGGGAAAACGCUGAAACCGCCAACACCGGCACCGGUGAUCCCCUCGGUGGUGGCUGCUUCCGAGUCGGAAAAUGGUACCGGAGAGGUACCAAACUAUGUGUACAUGGGCGUCGGUGGAUUCGUGCUGAUACUGGGAGGAAUUGUCCUGCUUUGCUGCUGCUGUGUAGCUUGCAAAAAGAAACGAGGUCCGGGCGUUGACGAAAUCGACACCAAAUCACACAUCCAGGUCGAUCAGAACGGUGGUUUCCCGGUUAGCAAUGGCGGAUCGCGGUCGCACCACCAUAAGGGAAGGAACGGAAUCAAUGCGAGGAUGAAUAUCACGUCCAACCCGCUCGCCCAGGACGGGGACAAGAAUCGCAAUGUGAUGGAGCUACGUUAUCUGCCCACCAAACCGACAUCUGCCGAGACCGACCGACACCCUCUCAGUGGUGGAUACGAUUGUGGUACUGGUGGUAGUGGUGGUGGUGGUGUUGGUGUUGGUGUCGAUGGAGGCGGAUACUCCGGCAGCGGCAGCGGUGGCGGUACCAACGGACCAUACUUCCCUACUAAUAACACUCACCAUCAUCCACAUCAUCACCAACAGCAACAGCAGCAGCAGCAGCACCAAACCGUGAUCAGCAACAACGUGGGGCCAUGUCCGAUUGCGGCCGCCGUAGGCCAGGAGCAUCUCAUGCUGGCAUCUAUGCCCCAUCGGCGAACGCUGGAGCGUAGCGUUCGCAAUCUCCAGAACGGAUUGGACCAGCAGAAGAUGAUGCUGGAGGGAGACUGUGGCGUCGUGACGAGUGCGGUCGGGGCCGGCGUUGGCAUCGUGGUCGGCGCUCGGAACAACAACUCGUCGAUGAGACGAGGACGGAGGGGUUCCGGUUCGGUCCCGGGAAGUCCCCGGGUCGGACGGGGUCCCAGCUCCGAAAUGCUGCAGCACAAUCGAUCUCCGAUGCCGAUACGGGCCGCCGCGAGUGGUGUGAAGCGGGCGGCGAGGUUGGGACGGGCCGAGAACAUGUCCUCCGGCAGUUUGAACAGUAUUGAAGUGUGAAUGGAACAGAUGGUUUUUUCCUUUUGUUUUUUUUUUCAUUUUAUUGUGGUGCAGUUAGAUGAGAAAUUUUAAUAUUCGAAAUGUGAUAAAACUGCUGCGCAGCAAUGAGCGCGCAAAGCUAUCUACUUAUUGGCAAGAAAACUAGUUUUGUUUUUCUGCGAAACACGACAAAAAGACAAAUCCGCAAACAAAUCGAAACCGAAAUAGCUAAUCAAUUUUUGAGAUAAUUUAGCGUUAGAAGAGAAUUUAUUAACAAACAAACAGAGAAAAAACAUAGUUUUUAGCUAGUAAUCCGUCCUCUCAAUAACGAAGAAUCAUUUUUUUCUUUCAGUAGCAAGCAAAUCAGUGCUCAGAUAUAUAGCGUAAAUAAUUUUAACUAAACAAAUGUUUUAAAGAGUACGUAUAUAUAUUUACUACAGAGAAUACGCUUCGAACUAGGUGAGAACACUUCAACAGACACAGGCAAUUAACUGUACUUACAUAUAGUUAUUACUAACAGAAUAAAAAAAACCCACACGCGUCACUCGAAACGUGUAAAUAUUUAUUUUGUAUUCUACUCUAUCGAAGUUUAACCUAUACAUAAUAGACGCAAGCAAGGCAACAAAACGAACUGUAACUUUUUAGUGUGUAGGAUCAUUUUACACAACUCUAGAUUUGACUGAAACUAUUUAAACUUAGCGGAUAACUAGCAGAAGAAGAAGCGAACCGUUGUGUGAGCGUUAAAUUAUUUACAAAUUAAAUUUAUCUAGAACAGUAAAACAAUGGACAAGAUUCAAUCUGUAUAUAUUUGAGGACGCCUGAAACGAAACAAAAAGAAAACGGAACGAAUGGGACGUUUCGGAAUAGUUGUUCAACAAGAAAACGUAUAGAUUUCGAAACAAUUUUUAUUUUAUUUUUUAUUCUAUGUUCAGUGAGAUGUGGUAUGUUAAUAUUGGGUUAUAUGUAUGCAGAGUUCAAGAAUAAGGAAAAAAGAUAGACAGAGUGGUAGUGAAGAACUGUCAUAUGGCACACGAGCUGGCAAUUGUAUUUUUGUAGUUGUAGUAGGCGGUGAAUAAAUUCAAAUUCGUUUUCAG